AUGUUGAAGAGGAUGGGCAAGAACCCCUUCGUUCUUGAUACCAAGAAGCUCACCAUGGGUGUUGAUGCUGUCCUCGACAACGAGAUGCGUUUCGGUGCUUUGAAGAAGCGUGAUGCCGAUCUGUACAAGAAGUACAGCUCUGAGCUUGAUGCUUGGGUCCGUGAACGUUACAGCAAGUACCAGAGAUGGGCUGCUUUGGGUCAGGAAGAUAUCUCUAAUGGUGUUCCGCUGACUCUUCUGUACGGCACCGAGACCGGUACUACCGAGGCCUUGGCUUAUCGUGUUGCUGAACUGGCCCGUCAGCGUGGUUACGCUGUGAAGGUCAUGGAGUGCGAUGAGAUGGACGUGAGUGAGCUCCCUGAAAACAAGAACCUUAUGGUUCUUUGCGCUACUACUGGUGAGGGUACCACUCCUAGGACUGCCCUUCACUUCACUGCGCAGUUGCAGCUUGCUGCUAAGGACAACUCCAAUGCUCAUCUGUUGGACGGUGUCCAAUACGGUGUCUUUGCUUUGGGUGACUCCAGUUAUCAUCACUUCUGCACUGCUGCCAAGAGAAUUGACGAUAUCUUCGCUCAGAUGGGCGGUCAAAGGACAGUUGCCAUUGGUCUCGGUAACGAUCAGGAUGAGGACAAGUAUGAGACUGCCUUUGAGGAUUGGAUGCCGAGUUAUUGGAAGUCUGUGAAUGCCCCUGAGCCUGUUGAUGACGGGUCCAUUCCCGACUCUCAGUUCGAGGUUCGUGAGCUUGACUCUGAUGAAGUCGUGGUUGCUCCUUAUGAGAGGAUCAUGCCUCCUCAAACUAUUCAGCUUGGUUUGAAGAAGAACGAUCGUCUCACUCCCAGCGACUACGAGAGGGAUAUUCGUCAUUUGCGCUUCGAAUUGGAGGAUGGUCAGGAUCUUCCCUAUCUUCUUGGUGAUGUCCUCAACAUCCACCCCAUGAACGAGGCUGGCAGAGUUAGUGCUUUCCUUCAGUCUUAUGGUCUCAACCCCUCGGAGAUGGUUAAGAUCACUCCU